UUAAUUAGACAACAACACAUAUACAGGAGAUUUGUCCAACCCACUAGCAUACAUACGUAUGCACAUAUCAACAUGCAUGCUUUUGCACACAUAUUAUACGUUAUACUCCAUAAUACUUACAUAAAUGAAAAUAUAGCAAGGAGACACUAGUUUUACGGAUUAUGUACCCUUGUCUUUAUUAGCUGUUCAUCUUUCUCUAUCCAUCUCUCAGUAUAAAUACAAACGAACGUAACUUCAUCACCUUCAAGACAAAUACUUGAUAACUUCCUUUAUUUAAUUUAAAAACCUCCAAAAUUUCUCAAAAUCAAAGGUUUAAUACUUUACUAAUGGCUAAGUUCGGAAAGCUAACAAAGCUCAUAAAGAAAUGGCCUUCCUUCACCAAGAACCACCACUCAACCACCGAAUCCACCUCCUCCGUGGCCACCACCAAGGUCUCAAAAUGCGAAGAUCUUCAACUGGUCUACGUCGGGAAGUCUCGGAGACCUUACAUGCUUAGUUCCAACGUCAUCAACCAUCCGCUUGUCCAAGAACUACUUGAUAGAUCGUCGAGAUUCAUCAACGAACUUCACGAUCAAAAGACUGUCUUAGUACUAGCUUGUGAAGUAGUAUUGUUCGAGCACUUAUUAUGGAUGCUCGAAGACAGUUUCUCCAAUCACGACGAUGAUGAUGAUCGAGAGAUAGGAUCUGUCCAGGAGUUGGCUGAGUUCUACACUUAUUGACGGCGACGUUAUUACUUAUUUGUCUUAAUAUAUAUUUUAUUUAUUGAAAGUUUUUAUUUGUUCCUACAUGAUCCAAUGCGAUCCCCAAAACAUUAACUUCGGUUUUGUUUUCUAAUCAUUCUUAGGACAUCUUCCCUAACUCAAAUUCAGUCAAUAAUAAAAUUUAUGUUUUAAUGACUUCUAGCUCCAUUCUAUAUACAUGUAUACUAUAUAUUUUGCAUCUGUUAUUUAGUUUUCAACUUGUUUCCUAGUCCAUUGAUAAGCUUAUGCUCAGUGGGAAACUAGUCUCAAAACUGGAUUCAUUCUUUUCCCAAUAGGGUACUACGGAGAGUGUGGGAAGAGAGGCGGUUACAUGGAGAUUACUGGAUUCACUUCUGAUGUAAGAGAACAGAUAUACAAAUUGGCCUCUGUGAAUCUUUGCUCCAACAUCUCUGGUCAGAUUCUCGCCAGCCUUGUCAUGAGCCCUCCCAAGGUAUAAAACAUCUUAUAUUAACUUAGCAAAUGGUUUGGUUUAAGCUUGGUUCCUGCAAUCGUUAACCGUCUCACUGAGUUCCACAAGAGCUUCAUGGAUGAGUUCUGCGACUAAGGGAUUCUGAUUCUUAAGUCCUCUCUUUGAAGAUAUGAUCACACAUGCUGUUUACAGAAACUAAGAUGAGCUUUUGUGAGAGCAAGAAGUUUUAUUGAGAGCUUUUAUUGACGAUUAAACUAAA